AUGGACAACGCUGCGAACGCCAACUUGUACGUCCCGCAGGCAGUCGUUGCGGACUUCCAGGGACUAGUUCAACAACUUUAUCGCAACGCGAUGUCCAUCGACUUCCUGCUCCACAAUCCCGACAUAGAGCAGGUGAGCUACACUCCGACAGAGGCAGAGAUUCUCGAGAGCGUUCAAUUGAUGGAGUCAGAACGUGGCAGCUACAGCAAGGAGGACGAUAGCGUGGCGCACCGCCCGUCCCUCUUUGGAAUGCUGCAUCGAUGCUUGCAGAGCUCAAGAACUUUCUGGUUGCAGCAGGAGACUGGAGAGGAGUUUCCAGGGAUGAUUCAGAAGAUGCAGGAUCAGGUGGGAAAUCUUCAGCAAAAUUCCUAG